GCUCGGUGUCGGUAACGGCGGUGUGUGUGGUGUUUCUCCGGUGAGAAUGGAGGUGACGGUGUCAAUGGACCCGCUGUUUCUGGCCUGGAGCUCGUGCAGGCGGCGCAGGUUCCAGCGGUGCGCGGAUAUCUGCUCCACACUGCUGGCGGAGAGCCCGUACGACCAGGCAGUGUGGAGCCUGAAGACGCGUGCGCUGACGGAGAUGGUGUACAUUGAUGAGGUGGAGGUGGAGCAGGAGGGCAUCGCAGACAUGAUGCUGGAUGAGAGCUCCAUCGCUCAGGUGGCUCGUCCAGGAACAUCACUGAGGCGUCCCGCCACGAGUCAGGCCGGCGCCCCCACUCCAGCCGUCAGGCCGAUGACCCAGUCAGGUCGACCCAUCACAGGGUUUGUGAGGCCCAGCACUCUGAGCGGUCGGCCGGAGACCAUGGAGCAGGCCAUCCGGACCCCUCGAACCGCCAGCACGGCCCGGCCCGUCAGCAGCGCCUCGGGGAGAUUUGUGCGCCUGGGCACGGCCUCAAUGCUGACCCAUCCAGACGGACCCUUCAUCAACCUCUCCAGAUUAAACCUGGCCAAGUACGCCAAGAGACCCAACCUGUGCAAGACCCUGUUUGAGUACAUCUUCCAUCAUGAAAACGAUGUCAAAACUGCUCUGGAUCUGGCGGCUCUGGCCACUGAGCAUGCUCAGUUCAAAGACUGGUGGUGGAAAGUUCAGCUGGGGAAGUGCUACUACAGGCUGGGUUUGCUCCGUGAAGCAGAGAAGCAGUUCAGGUCAGCUCUCGCUCAGCAGGAGUUCGUGGACACACACCUGUACCUGGCCAAGGU